AUGGAAUCCGCCAAGGAAUGUAUGUUCUGCGAUGCUCCGAAUUCCGCAUGCGACAUGGUACAGUGCGAUACAUGUGAACUUUGGGCUCACUAUUCCUGCGCUGGAGGGACGGAAGCGGUGAAGGAUCACGACUGGAAUUGUAGAAACUGCACUAAGGAGUUGCAAGUUCCGAAAGUGAAGAAACCGUCGUUCAAGAAAACCGGAAGCCAGAGAUCAAAAAGCGACGGAGGAUCGGUACAAGAAUCGAACAUGUCGUUGGAAGUUAUGCUGAAAAACUUGGAGAUAGAACAACGUGCUAAGGAAAGGCAGUUGGAAGAAGAAAUGAUCUUGCAGGAGAGAAAGAUGGAAUUGAAGAGAGCGUUGAAGGAAAAGCGGAGGCAGAAAGAAAAGGAACUUCGUGAAAAGCAGCUGGCACAAGAGCGGGAGAUGAAGCAACGUCAGCUGAAGGAAGAGCGAAAGAUGUACGAGGAACAACUGGCGGAAGAAGCGACUUUUUUGGAGGAACGUAGGAAGAUGCGAGAAGAGUUCCAGAAGGCGAAGAAAAAUGUCGUCAGGCAGUAUUCAAAAGAAGACGAAGCCUUUGGUGAUGCGCGAAAAGAAGAAAAGGAUAUGCCUUUCGAUAAGAAGGUGGAGUUCUGGUUGAAUAAACAAGGAGAAAGUUCGAAGCCAGUUACAAGGAAAAGUUCAAGUGCAGGAGAAAAGUCGUCGAAGGCCGCAGCCAAGAAAGUGCGGCAAGACGAAGAUGAGAAGGAAGAAGUAGAAGAUUGUCUGCAGGGGAACGCACUAGAAGCUGUAAGAAGCAGGUUGGUUCUUCCGGAUUCGGUCCCGGAUGUCAUCGAAGAUCUUCGGCGUCUUUUUGGCAGGCCUGAAAAACUCCUAAAAACAUUACUCGCUAAAGUCCGCAACUCGCAAGCUCCCAGAGCUGACCGGUUAGAAACAUUUAUCCAAUUCGGGCUCACCGUGAAGCAACUGUGUGACCACUUGGAAGCUGCAAAGCUAAGGGAACACCUCCACAAUCCAAUGCUGGUCCAAGAGUUGAUAGAGAAGCUUCCUGCGAACUAUAAGUUGGACUGGGUACGCUUUAAGAGAGGGAAAAAAGGCGCGCCUCUCCGAAUGUUCACUAAUUUUAUGAACGACAUCGUGUCCGACGUUUCGGAGGUAUCGGAGUUCUCGGUUCUAGAUUCAAAGGAGUCUCCAUCGCCGUCUUCGUUCAAUAGAGUUCAACAAAAGAGGAAAGAGUUCGUCAAUGUCCAUAAUACCGAUCCGAACAUAGUCGACGACUCUCCAGCAGCGAGGGGACCCAAACCGUGUUGGGUCUGCAAAAGAACCGACCAUAAACUAAGGUUCUGUGACGACUUCAAACAGAUGCAAGUGGCUGAUCGAUUGAAGGUGGUGGAACGAAAUAAACUGUGUGCUCUCUGUCUGAACAACCACGGGAAAAGUCGCUGCAAUUUCAAACUCCGAUGCAACGUUGGAGGUUGCCAAGGCGAACAUCAUCUGUUGCUGCACCGCGUGGAAGAAGCUGUUCAGUUGUCUAAGGUGGAAUGCAAUGCGUAUGGCCAAAAGCGACAGACCAUAAUUUUCCGAAUGGUUCCAGUUACCGUUUACUUCGGAAAUCGCGCGCUGGAUACACUAGCUUUCCUCGAUGAAGGUUCUUCCACCACACUCGUAGAGGAGUCGAUCGCAAAGCAGUUAGACACCAAGGGCUUCGCUGAGCCGCUGGUGGUAACGUGGACCGGAAACGUUAAGCGGUACGAGAAUACAUCCCAGAGAAUGGAUCUAAUGCUAUCGGCUAAGGGAUCGAAGCAAAUGCUGCCAUUGAUGAAUGUGCGCACUGUAGCGGAGUUGAAGCUGCCGAAACAAAGCCUGCAACGCCAAGAAAUGGCCGCUCGUUAUCCGCACCUUCGAAAUGUGCCUGUGUCAAGCUACGAUUACACCGAACCUGGAAUAAUCAUAGGCUUAGAUAACCUACAUGUAUUCACUCCUCUUGAAUCGCGCGUGGGUCAGUGCGGAGAGCCGAUCGCAGUGCGGUCGAAACUGGGAUGGAUGAUAUACGGACCAGAGCGCCACGCACCGACGGCUGAGACUCGUUUGAAUUUCCACGCAUUUGAUUCGAUCUCAAACGAAGGCUUUCACGAUCUAUUCCGUGAGCAGUACGUUUUAGACGACACCAAUGCCGCUUCCGCAGGGCUGCUUGAGUCGACGGAGAAUCAGCGAGCACGGAAAAUCCUUCAAGCUACUACAGGCUACGCGCAUAAAGCGACGGCUGAGGAGCUAGCGGAACCGAAUCGAGCGAAGGUAUGGUAUCUUCCGUUGAACGUUGUGCUAAAUCCACGAAAACCGGGGAAGGUACGUCUAGUUUGGGAUGCGGCGUCAACCAUAAACGGAGUGUCGCUGAACAGUGAGCUGUUGUCAGGACCCGAUAUGCUGCAAUCUCUCCCAACGGUGAUCAAUCGUUUUCGAGAACGACGCAUUGCUUUCCGCGACGAUAUACAGGAGAUGUAUCACCAGAUUCGAAUCCGAUCCGAAGACAAGCCGGCCCAGAGGUUCCUCUUUCGUGCGUGCCCAACAGACGAGCCCGAGGUGUACGUAAUGGACGUCGCUACUUUCGGGUCUACCUGCUCUCCGUGUUCAGCUCAAUUCAUCAAGAACAUGAACGCGUCUGAGUUUGCGGAGGAGUUUCCUGAAGCUGCGGCGGCGGUAGUAAACAAUCACUACGUAGAUGAUUACUACGACAGCGCUGACUCUGUGGAGCAGGCUACCAAGAUGGCCAGGGAUGUAAAAUACAUCCACUCUCGCGGCGGGUUCUACAUUAGGAAUUGGGUAUCAAACUCGCCGGAGUUCCUGCAAAACAUUGGUGAGUCGUCUCAAAAACCCAUUCACUUCAAUCGGGAUAAAGAUACGAUGGUCGAACGUGUGCUGGGGAUUAUUUGGGAUCCAACUGAAGACGUUUUUCGCUUUUCUACCGCCGUGCGGGAUGAAUAUCAGCCUGUAAUCCAGGGAAUCGAAAGGCCAACGAAGCGUAUAGUAUUGAGCUGCGUGAUGUCCAUGUUCGAUCCGCAAGGUCUUCUUUCGCCAUUCACUGUGUUCGGAAGGAUGCUGAUUCAGGAUUUGUGGAGUACUGGUUGCGAUUGGGACGAUCCAGUGGACGAUACGUCGUUUGAAAAAUGGAUGCGAUGGACGAAAGUGCUACCUCAAAUUGCCACAAUCAAGGUGCUACGAAGUUACUUCGGGGAUGCCAAGUUCGACGACAUCGAGAACGUUCAGCUCCACAUCCUAACGGACGCAAGCAAGGGAGCCUACGGUUGUGUCGCCUACUUUCGAGCGAGAGUGAACGGUGAAGUAAGGUGUGUUCUAGUGGCAAGCCGGGUGAAAGUAGCAUCCCUGAAACCGACCUCCGUUCCGCGACUGGAGUUGCAAGCGGCUGUUCUGGGUGCGAGACUGGCAGCAGUGGUGCGGAAGAAUCAUUCCUUCAACAUAAGUCGACAGUUCUUUUGGACGGACUCGACCACUGUGCUUUCAUGGAUCAGGUCGCAUCAGCGGCGUUAUAAAGAGUACGUCGGUCUGCGCAUCGGGGAGAUCCUGACCUUUAGUAGGCUUCCGGAGUGGCAUUGGAUCCCCACAAAGUUAAAUGUGGCGGAUCAACUAACAAAAUGGACACGAGAUCAAGAAAUGAGCUCCGCCGACAUCUGGUUUAACGGCCCGGAGUUCAUGUACAACGCAGAAGAAGACUGGCCGAAGCAGAAAAUACCGCAAGCGUCAACGAAGGAAGAGUUGCGGGCGCAUCUUCUAAUUCACGAUGUGGCACUCCCAGCUGCCGUGAUUGAUAUCCAGCGAGUGUCAAAAUGGACGGUGUUAAAGAAAGGUGAAGGGAUUGCCGCUAGAGACGUUGAGAGCCACACCGGGGCAGGCGAAGAUGUUAAAGGCGGAAACGUAUCCAGUUGUGAGAGUUUGCAGCAGUGCGAGUUCGAGAAAGCGGAACGAAUACUGAUGAAGAUGGCGCAGGCCGAGGCGUACGGUGCAGAAAUAAAGAUUCUCCUGAAGAAUAGGGAACUACCAGCGGACAAAUGGCUACAGGUCGAAAAAUCUAACUUGCUGUACAAGCUAACUCCGCUUAUCGACGACCAAGGAAUCAUUCGCUCAGAAGGUCGUUCGGAACGAGCCGAGUUUCUGCCGUUCGAUCUUCGUUUCCCUAUCAUCCUGCCGAGGGAACAUGGUGUUACGGCGAAAAUAGUGCAGCAUUUCCAUGAAAGAUUCGGACACGGCUACCGUGAAACUGUGAAAAUAGAGCUUCGUCAACGCUUCCUGAUCCCGAAAGUCGGCGCAAUUAUCGCAGAUGCUGCGAGAUCGUGCAUAUGGUGCAAGGUGAACCGAAAUCGACCGCAGAUUCCUAGGAUGGCUUCCUUACCAGUUCAACGGUUGACCCCCCACCUGCGUCCUUUCAGCUACGUUGGUGUCAAUUAUCUCGGCCCUUUUACGGUAUCGUCAGGUAGACGCAGCGAUAAACGGUGGACCGUCAUCUUCACGUGCUUUGUAGUCCGGGUUAUUCAUCUGGAGGUCGCUCAUUCGUUGACGACGCAAUCCUGUCUCAUGGCCAUCCGUCGUUUCAUUAGCUAUCGUGGUCCUCCCUUGGAGCUCUUUUCUGAUAACGGGACGAACUUUAAGGGAGCUAGCAAGGAGAUAGCGGCCAAGAUUCGGGAUAUCGACGAAGACUGUGCAAGUGAAUUGACGUCAGCACGUACAAAGUGGUCGUUCAACCCUCCAGCCACCCCUCAUAUGGGCGGGGUCUGGGAGAGGCUUGUCCGGUCCGUAAAAGACGUACUAGUGGUAUUGGAUGAUGGCAGACGAUUGACGGAUGAAAUUCUGCUGACGUCAAUCGCAGAAGCAGAAGAUAUCGUCAACUCGAGACCUCUUGUCUACGCAUCGCAGGAAUCGGAUGAAGCUGAAGCGCUCACGCCGAAUCAUUUCCUUCGGGGAGUCUCGCCGAAUGAACCGUGGCAAGGAGCUCCACCUGUGAACCCGGCGGGAGCACUGAGGGACUCGUAUCGUCGAUCGCAACAGUUAACGGAAGAUAUGUGGCGACGAUGGAUCCGUGAAUAUGUUCCGUCAGUCAACCAACGUUCUAAAUGGUUCGCCACGCAAGAAAACUGA